UCACUCCGGCUGAGCUGAAGACGUGCCACAGCCCCGACAUGGACCCGACGCGUUCGUGCCAGCCCGUGCUGUGCGACAUCAAGUACAACGGCGUGCGGAACUUCUUCAACGAGACGAGCCAGCGUUGCGAGCCCACGGCCAACUGCUGGGACAACGCGGAAGAAGAGAUGGUGUACCUGGCUGGAAGCAACACCUGCCGACGCGUGGGCGAGGUGUUAACGGAAGAAGAGUUGGACUACUUCGACAGCUUCCAGGACAAGGAGUCGCCGCUUCGAUCCAUGCACGGAUACCCCAUUAAAGUGAACUGCCACAAGGGGCGUCCAGAUCCCGGGAACAAAUGGUGCCUGUGCGACCCGGGAUGGGAGAGCGACCCACUGGAAUACCAGAGCUUCAACCCGGACUUGAUGGUGUACCACAUGUGCACCGUCUACGUCGGCGUCACCACGGCAACCACCGGCAACUCCUCCUCAGCGGCCCACCGCCACCGGCACCGAAAGAAAGGCUACAUCGCCAACAUCCCCAAAAAGCGCCGCCGAGGAGAGCUUGAGCGCGGAGCAAAGCUCACGUUCCGAGGGAAGUCUGCAGGAGGGGCUGGCGGGACAGCUGGUUCGUCUGCUGAAGACGACGCCUCGUCUGGCAACGCCGUAGCUGAUGGAGGCAACCCGUCGUGGUACAGCUCGUACGUCAGCGACGCGCAGUUGAAGAAUGCAGUGCUACCUGCACUGAUCGUGGCGGUGACGCUGCUGUCGUGCCUCGUGAUUACCCUGUGCGGCGUGGUCGCCUUCGAGUGCCAGAAGGUCAACGAAGUGUCGACGGAUUCGGCACUCUGACUUCCAAAGCGCCACGCUUCUCCUUCGAAUUCUACAGCCACCGUAUCACACGCGAACAGAAACGAGGAGCGUGGCCCGCCUUGCCUUUUUGCCUUAAUC